AAAAAACGUGGUAGACCACUUGGUUCAAGAGAUUUGAAACCAAGAAAAUUUAAACAGCAAGUUGUAGUUUGUGAUGCCAAAGAAGUUCAACCUUCUCAAGAAGAAAAUGAACAUUUUGAAAAUAUCGGCCUUGAAGAUAACAUCAAUAAUAAUGAUACCUCAAAAGAGGAUCCAAUCACCUUCGAAGAGGUAAAUAUUCCAGAUAAAGAUAGAAACGUCGAUAAUUUUGAAAUUUCAAUUAAUUACGUUUCUAAUGGAAUACAAUGGAAUAGAAAUGAUAUUGAUGUUAAUGAUAUAUUUUCAUAUGCCAUCGCCACAGAUAUAAUGAAUGAACACGAUGACAAUGAGCCUAAAUCUAUUGACUAAUGUCGUCGUAGAAAUGAUUGGCCAAAAUGGAAUGAAGCAAUUCAGGUAGAAUUAAAAUCGCUAGAAAAGCGUAAUGUUUUUGGACCAAUUGUCCAUACGCCAAAAGGCGUAAAACCUGUCGGUUUUAAAUGGGUUUUUGUGCGUAAACGCAACGAGAAAAAUGAAAUCGUUAGAUACAAAGCCCGACUUGUUGCCCAAGGUUUUUCUCAAAUGCCAGGAAUCGAUUAUGAUGAGACGUAUUCUCCAGUAGUUGAUGCUACAACUUUAAGAUUUUUAAUUGGCAUGUCUGUUUUUGAAAGGCUGCAAAUGCGCCUAAUGGAUGUGGUGACCGCAUAUUUAUACGGUUCACUCGAUACAGACAUAUAUAUGAGAAUUCCUGAAGGCUUUAAAAUACCUGAUGCUUAUAGCUCGAAAUCUCGAGAUUUAUUUUCCAUAAAAUUGCAAAAGUCAUUAUAUGGAUUAAAACAAUCUGGACGCAUGUGGUAUAACCGUCUCAGUGAAUAUUUGAUUAAAGAAGGGUAUAAAAAUGAUCCUAUUAGUCCAUGUGUUUUCAUUCAGCGAUCCGAAUCAGGAUUCGCCAUAAUUGCAGUAUAUGUUGAUGAUUUGAAUAUAAUCGGAACUCCUAAUGAAAUUGAAAAUACUGCAAAAUAUCUCAUGAAAGAAUUUGAAAUGAAAGACCUUGGGAGAACAAAAUUUUGUCUCGGCAUUCAAAUUGAGCAUUUGAGAAAUGGUAUUUUCAUCCACCAAUCAAAUUAUACCGAGAAACUUUUGAAGCGAUUUUACAUGGAUAAAGCACAUCCACUCAAUUCUCCAAUGGUGGUUCGAUCUCUCAAUGUGCAUGAUGAUCCUUUCCGACCUUGUGAAGAUGAUGAAGAAAUCCUUGGUCCCGAAAUACCAUAUUUGAGUGCUAUUGGAGCAUUAAUGUAUUUGGCUAAUAAUACUCGACCAGAUAUUGCUUUUUCUGUAAAUUUAUUAGCCA